AUGGCUUAUGAGAUGAUAUUAGGCAAUCUGAAUGUGCCGCCUCUGGGUGGUUCGGGUACUUCAGUGCUGAAAGACCUUAAACUUAGCUCAAAGAAACAUCAUUUUGAAUUGGAAGCCGGCAUUGUGUCAGAACUCAAGUUCGAGGCAUUUGUGGAUACCCGGAAACUUCCUUUGAGUGUUCUCCUUGGAACAUGUCAUGGGUACAACUGCUCUUCAGAAGAUGAACCCACAGAAUUAUACUUUCGCCAUAUGUGCAAAAAAACGCGAUUUCAAAACAUGUCAUAUUCCACGGGCGAUCUUGGGUUGCUGUUUAAAGACUCUCGAGGCCGGUAUUUGAUGUUCUAUAUCCUUGUGAGACGGCUAAAAGCGUCCAUUCGGUGUUGCUACUGGAUUCCAGACCAUGAGCGUGCUCGUGCUGUGAUGGGUUCAACCGAAAUAGCCAAAAGAGGAGACGCUAUUGACAGGUUCUUGCAGAAAAAGAGCGAAUCGCGUAUGACUAGCAGGCCGCAAUCGCCACUGGAGAUUUCAGCUCCCGCUGGCGCGGCUCCUGAGUCGCAGGAACCACCCAAACAGUUUAGGAGGACAUUAGAGCGAGUGAUUCUGAGCGCCUUUCGACUUCGUGGUAUCCACAAACAGGACAAAGAGGAGUACAAGGAGCUGUACUACACCGUACAUCGAUCAACGCGUUUUGCAAUGAGGCGCUACUUCCAGAGACAUGAGGUACCACCUAUGGUGGAGGUUCAGAAGGUUGUUGAUGGUCUAUUGAAUUUGCUGGAUGUUUGA